CCUAUCUAAUCUACAUAUCUCCGUACAUCUGUCCAAUUUUCAAUACUAUUGUAGUAGGUGACUGAUAGUUGCUUUUUAUCAUUUCCAAUUUGGAAAUUGAAUUACUUUAUGGAAAUAUUAAUUCUUCCAUGUCUCGUUUAGCCAUACUCUGAAUACAUACAUACAUAUAUACAUGCAUGCGUCCUAUGCAUGCGUCCUCAGAUUUACACGCAAUAAGACUAAAAUCCAACAAAGAUAAAAGAAUUUAAUAUAAAUAGCAAUUUUAUUCUAUUUGUCCGUUUAUUCAGCCAUAUACGUCCAGCGUAAUUUGGCGUAGUUUUUAAACGGUCAGAAUGGACACACUGGGUACGUGGGAUUAUGUCGUCUUUGGGAUUUUUCUUUUGGUCUCCAUUGCCAUUGGAAUUUUCUACCGGUUUUCUGGGGGUCGACAGCAAACAGUGCAAGAAUAUAUGUUGGCCGAUAGAAAAAUGUCUGCUAUUCCAGUGAGCAUGUCCCUCAUGACCAGUUUCAUCUCAGCCGUGACAAUACUCGGAACCACGUCGGAAAAUUAUUUGUACGGCACCCAAUACCUUCUUCUCAACUUCAGUUAUGUCAUCGGGACUCCUAUAGUAAAUUUUGUCUUCCUCCCAGUCUUCUUCAACAGUGGGGACAAGAUUAGCGUGUAUCAGUAUCUUGACAGUAGGUUUGGUCCUUAUGCCAGGCUGGCGGCAGCGCUGGCAUUUUCCCUGCAAAUGACGCUUUAUAUGGGGGUGGUUCUCUACGCCCCUUCCCUGGCCAUCUCUGCAGUCACCGGAAUGGACAAGGUGGUCGCCAUUCUAAGUAUUGGUACAGCUUGUACCAUUUACUCCACGAUUGGAGGCAUAAAAGCCGUCUUGAUAACCGAUUUGAUCCAGGGGACCUUGAUGUUCUUGGCCAUAUUUGCUGUGAUCAUUAAGGGGCUAGUGGACAUUGGCUCUGUCGGACACAUCCUGUCGGUUGUGGAAGAAAGUGGACACAUAGAAUUUUUUAAUUUUGAUCUCGAUCCAACAACAAGACACACUGUCUGGGGGACUUUAAUCGGUGGCCUCUUCACGUUCUUAAGUUUGCACGCAGUGAAUCAAGCACAGAUACAGAGAAUGCGGACAUUAGAAAACAUUUCUUCGGCCCGAUGGAGUCUCUUUGCCAGUUCUAUCUUCGUAGUAAUCUUGAGCUUCUCUCUUGGCUUCAUGGGGUUGUUAAUGUAUGUCAACUAUCAAAAAUGUGACCCGUUAAUUUCAAAGCGUAUCUGUAAAUCCGACCAGUUGGUGCCCUUCUUUGUCCUGGAGUCGUUCAAAAAUUUCCCAGGACUUACGGGUUUCUUCAUUGCUGGCCUGAUGAGCGGUUCCUUAUCGACGAUAUCGACAGCCAUCAACUCACUGUCGGCAGUAUGUUGGGAGGAUUUUGUGAAGCCUGCACUGGACAUCAAGGGAGUGCAUGUCAAAUCCUCCACUAUUCCAUUUGUCACAAAAAUGAUAGCCUUUACGUUUGGUUUAUCAAGUAUCGGUGUGGCCUUUAUUGCAGAACAAUUUACGUCGGUUUUAACGGCAAGUAUGACCAUUUUUGGAAUUAUUGGUGGGCCAAUUUUAGGAAUGUUCACCUUAGGAAUGAUGAUGCCCUUCGUGAGUCAAAGGGCUGCUGUGUCUUCGUUUCUAGUAGCUCUUGGGUUUGGCCUUUGGAUUGGCUUCGGAGGUCCAAGACCUUCCCCAGUGAGAAUCCCUCCGUCGCCAGACCAGUGCCCAAUAUGGUCAAAUUCAUCAUGCCCCAUGACUUCCGGUGGUCCACCGCGUGACGACUACUUCUAUCUGUACAAGGUAUCCUAUUUGUGGUACUCUCUGAUUACCUUCACAAUCACAAUUAUUCUUGGAGCCAUCAUUAGUCUGUGGUAUCCUCAAGAGACAAAAGUGAGUGAAGCUUUACUGAGCCCUGCCCUACGUCGGAUUAUCAAUGCUUCAGAGGCAAGAGCCGUCGUUAAAGAAGAAAAUACAAAAAGUAAUGGAAAAGGUGAAGUUGAGAUGACAUAUGUCGUGCAAUCUGAAAAUGCAGAUUCAUCAAAUGACAACGCUUCUGGAGACAGCUUGUGACAACUAUUACAUACACACUUAUUACAUAGCUGACUACUUUUAAUAUUUACUACAUAAUAUGCAAGUAUAUAUAUACUUAUUAUAUAGUUUAUUACAGUUGAAGCCAUAGCCAAAAUAAAAGUCUCAAAUUAAAUACCAA